UAUAGCGGGCAAAAGUCCAAGCAGCUCGUAAAUCGCGGCCGAUAGAUAAGCAGACGGACGGCGCAAGAAGACGGACGGAAGCAGCUGACAUGGAGGCCAGCAAGAACUUCUUCUUUUCGGUGCUUUUGCUCACCUCUUUGACCAUCUCACAGGCCCAGGAGCUUUGUAGCGCUCCCGAUACGGUCAACGUGCAUGAGAACAACACGGUGGGCCACCUAGUGGAGACCAUCGCUGUGCUCGACGGGGUGGUGCCCUCGUUGACGAAUGCUGCCGACGUGCCCUUCAUUGUGGAGGGGAACAGGCUGCUGGCCAAUGCCGUUCUGGACUACGAGAAAAUAAAAAGUUAUGCGCUCAUGGUGACGUGCAGAAGGCCCCCGGCGCAAGAGUAUGAGCUGGUGAUCGUGGUCAGAGUGCUCAAUGUGAACGACAACCCGCCAGUGUUUGACAUGAAGACGUACCAGAUCCCAACGGAGGAGUUGCUCGCCCUGGGGACGGCCGUGGGCCAAUUUCCAGCCAAGGACGCCGACGAGGGCACGAGGCUUUACUACACGCUGACAUCAGCAUCCGAUUACUUUCGACUGGCGUCUCCCGAAAACCCACAACUGCUAAUCCAGAACAUCCUGGACUACGACAAAGUCCAAACGGUUCAAAUGGUCUUGCAAGCUCAGGACACGCCGCUGUCCGGUUCCGAUGCCGAGGUCUCCUUCACCGCCACGGCCACCAUUCAAGUCAACGUGGUGGACGUGGACAACAGACCGCCCUGGUUCCUGCCCUGCAUCAAACACGUGGUGGCCGGCGUCGUCGUCUGCCAGAACACCGGCUACACCGGCAGCGUGGACCUUAACCAAAUGCAGGCCGAAGCCUUGACACUGAAGCCGGGUCCGCUUCACGCCAUUGACGGCGACACCGGGAUCAAUGAGGCCAUCGUUUACUCCUUCCUGAGCGGAAACGAGGAAGGACUGUUUGACAUCAACCCAAACACCGGCGAGGUCAGAAUGCUGAGGGCGAUCGACGUGUUGGGGACCAUCAGUCUGACAGUUCUGGCCGCCCAGACACCGAGUAGUUCUCAGUUUGCCACCACCAGCCUCACGCUCACUGUUCGGGUGAAGAGCCUCCACAAACCAAAACUCCAGAGGGCCGAGUACCAGGGCGUGAUCUCUUCAGCGGGCGCCAUGGCGACAGACCCGACCAACAAGGACGAGCCGCUUCAAAUCGUCGCCUUGGACGAGGAUUACGCCAGCGUGGGGGGAAUCAACCCUCACAUUGUCUAUCGCGUCAUCGGAAGCGGCGACUUCUCCAUCAUUAACGGCUACUUGUUCAUGACCAAAGACCUGCCGGAGGCUACCUUAUCUCUGCAGGUGGAAGCGGAGGACGCGUCCAACGGGGAGAAUUCAAUAGCGUCGCUCUCGGUGGAGGUGAAAUCAGGUCUCACCACUACUGCUUUGCCUUUGAGCAGCACUACUGACACGGUGACCACCCCCCCAACCACAGCUCAAGAAGCAGAGUCCACCACCAACCCCACCACCCAUUCUGGUACUUCCACUGGAGGCAGAACCACUGAAACGAUCAAGUCCACCAGCGAUCCCGGUACUCCCUCGACUGGUGUCAUCCCCACCAGCCAAAGUGUAACGGUGGCAACAGAAUCGUCGGUGACGCCACUGAGUACCGACGGGCCCACCAGCCCUGCGGAGCCCAACACAGAGAAGGUGCCUAUCCCGCCGAGUGGCUUUGAGGCAGGGGACAUGGCGGCGCUGGGGGCGACUCUGGGCGUACUUCUCUUCGCCUGCGUGGUAAUCAUCGGAGUCCUCGUCUGCCGCCUCCAGAAAGGAAAAGCCGACUGGAGGAAGAUCCACGAAGCCAGCGUCUUCAGGAGCUCCCUGGGCCAAGGCUUCGGGGGUGAGAAGCAGGGCGUCCAGUAUACCAACGAGGCUUUCCAGCACGAUGACGACAGCGACGGCGGCGCGGGCUUCGGCGCUCCGUACGCCACGGCGUCGGAAGAGGGGCCGGCGGUGGCGGCGGCCAACUCGGCCAUCGAGUCCAGCGUGAGAGCGCUGGGCACCCUCCUGGGCGACGACAACGUCAGCCAGACCAGCUCGGACAAGGAGAGGGAGGUGAAGCCCAUUCUGACCAAAGAACGGCGCCAGGAGGAAGGCUACAAGGCCGUUUGGUUCAAGGAGGACAUCGACCCCGACGCCAAGGAGGAAGUGGUCAUCAUCCCCGACAGCAGGGAAGACGACAGCGAGGACGACGACUGCGGCGACGACGACCGUCCCGCUAAAGCCCCAAAGGUGGGCUUCGCCGACACCGACUUGGACAGCGGACUGGGAGUGAAGAUGGAGGAUCCGGAGGAGGGCUCGGAAGGUGACGACGUUCUGAACGUCGAACUUUGAGGAGGGCAGGCAAUAAAAGCUGAUGAUUUAUCAGUACGAGAACAAAUGAACGAACCGCGCCUGAAAGUGCAAUCAGUCGACUCCUUUUAAGAGCUGCCAGGUGGAAUGAUAGGGUUCAAAAAUGCAUAGCGUAAUCAAGUUCUUGUUUGUUUUGCUGCGUCACGUGAGGCUACCAACAAUCAUUGUUAGAGAGGCGAAGAUCACAUUUCUACUGUAGCUCAUGUAAAUAGAAGUUCCCUCAUAUUUAUCCAAGGACCGGCCGGGAAUGAUUGUUGUUGACAAAUUAUGGAAAAUAAACACCAGGUGUAGACCAUGGUUCCAGCUAUGUAUAAACUGACAUGGAAAUCAUUCCAGAAGGAUUUGUAUUUGAGACCUGGAAAA